CGCUGUUGGCCCAGGAGUGUAGGAUACUGGGCUGCGUUGGUCGGAAGAGAGUGGUAGCGCUACUCUGCUGAAACCAGCUAGCAGCUUUUCAGUCAUGACGCUGAGACGAGCCUUGCACUUCGUCUUCAAAGUGGGCGAUCGAGCCAAGACUGCCACCUUCUACCGUGAUGUGCUUGGCAUGCGAAUACUGCGUCAUGAAGAAUUUGAAGAGGGCUGCAAAGCUACAUGCAAUGGCCCAUACGAUGGCAAAUGGAGCAAGACUAUGGUGGGGUUCGGACCAGAGGAUGACCAUUUUGUUGCGGAGCUCACAUACAACUACGGUGUAGGGGAGUACCGUUUGGGCAACGAUUUUCUGGGCUUCACUCUGCAGUCCAGCCAGGCGGUCAGCAAUGCUCGGCGACUGGGUUGGCCCCUCUCAGAAGCUGGGGAGGGUAUCUACCUGGCAGAGGCCCCAGGGGGCUACCGUUUCUACCUACUGGACAAGGAGCAGCCCCAUGGAGAUCCUGUGCAGAAGGUGUCCCUGGCUGUGUCAGACCUUCAGCGUUCCACGCACUAUUGGUCCUCACUGCUGGGGAUGAAGAUCCUGGAGAGGAACGCGGAGAAGAAGACAGUGCUCUUGGCAUUCGGAGAUAAUCAGUGCAAGUUGGAACUACAGGAUAUCAAUGGGACAGUGGACCACGGCACGGCUUUUGGGCGGAUAGCCUUCUCCUGUCCCCGUGAGCAGUUACCUGAUAUCGAGAGCAUUAUGAAGAAGGAGAACCAGAAGAUCCUCACGCCCUUGGUCAGCCUGGACACCCCUGGCAAGGCCACUGUUGAAGUGGUCAUAUUGGCUGAUCCAGAUGGCCAUGAAAUCUGCUUUGUGGGUGAUGAAGCCUUCAGGCAGCUCUCCAAGAUGGACCCCAAUGGGGAGGCACUGCUGGACAAAGCUAUGGCAGCAGACAAAAGCGACGAGUGGUUUGCCAAACACAACAAACAGAAGGCCUCAGCCUAACAGCCCAAGACAGUGUCAGAGGUGGAGCCUUCCUUCCAGAAUCCACAGAGGUUUCCGUUGAUGUCAUGGCCAUGCUGGAAAACUCUUGUCGCCAUUCCAGAACAUUCAAUGAUCACAGCACUGUUAAAGAAAAACACGCACUCUGCUCCUUUGCACAUGACUCUUGUGUGCCAAUAUUCUGUCUCCUCAGUUGAUUUAAGUAGAUGUAAUGUGGCAUGAUCAAAUUAUGCAAAAUAAUGUUUUUGAAGUAUAAACAUAUUUUAUGCAAUGAGCAGAUUUGGAAUACAUGGAUCAGAUUUUCUCAUAGCUGAGAUCAUGCCUUUAAGUCUACAAAUCAACUGUGUUGCACAGAGGCAUGACACAGGAGAAGAUUAUGGGAGUGGAACUUAAUUGGAGCAUUUUUGUCAAAAAUAAUGCUGUUCACAAAUUAAACAUUUAAAUGAACUAAUUCUCCAGUUUAAAUAAAUUGAUAAAAUGGAUGUUGUGAUCUGUUUUUAAGUAUGACAAAAGAUAACAUAAAUAUUGGUGGGAUGCUGCCAUAUCUGGGUAAGCACAGUACUAUUGCUGAAGAUUUCUUGGUCAGUAACUGGACUUUGAUUAUUGUGUCAAUGGUAACAAGCACUCGGGUCUGAUGGAACAAGCAUAUCACAUUAUGAUAAUGAGUCGGCGAGAAUGAACGUCUUCAGUUAUUCUAACACUUAUUAUUAAUUAUUGUAACUGGACAAAAAUAUACUCUUAAAACAGAGGACUUUAAUAUGCUUGCUUCAUCCAUCCUUUCACCUGGAUCACUGGCAGUUGUUGAUGUUAGGAGUUUAAGUAAAUCUCUCUAAAAUCAGGGGCUUACUCUCAUCAUUUGAGAAAAUAGUGGAUUAAGAUAUUUUAAAGAUUAUUAUGGCAGAGGGGGGAUAUAAGAAUUU